UUAUUGUGCGACGCGGUGCGGUUCAAAACUAUAAAUAUUCUUCUGGCAAAUAUUGCUCCCGUCUUCCUUUAAUUAAUGCUCAAUCAUGCCAAAAAUUGAUCCCGAAACACAAAAACUCUACGACGAAAUCAAUGGCAUGAUACAGAAGUUUAAGGAUGAUCAAAAAUCGAAAGCUGACUGCACGUUGGCUGACAAAUGUGGCGACAUGGGAGAUGUGCCCAAGAUUCGAUUAUCAUCGAAGAAGAUCCUCAAGGGCCACAUCAACAAGGUGAACUCUGUGCACUUUGCAGGGGACUCGCGUCACUGCGUCACGGGAUCCCUUGACGGAAAGCUGAUUAUCUGGGACACCUGGACCGCCAAUAAGGUGCAGAUCAUCCCGCUGAGAUCCGCCUGGGUGAUGACGGUGGCCUUCUCGCCGUCGGGCAACUUCGUGGCCUGCGGAGGAAUGGACAAUCAGUGCACCGUUUAUGACGUGAACAACCGAGACGCCUCCGGAGUGGCCAAGAUGGUCAAGGAGCUGAUGGGCUACGAGGGAUUCCUUAGCUCCUGCCGUUUCCUGGAUGACGGCCAUCUGAUCACCGGCUCGGGUGACAUGAAAAUCUGCCAUUGGGAUCUGGAGAAGGGCGUCAAGACGAUGGAUUUCAAUGGACACGCUGGAGAUAUAGCUGGCUUAUCGCUGUCGCCCGAUAUGAAGACUUAUAUCACUGGCUCCGUGGAUAAAACUGCCAAGUUGUGGGAUGUACGCGAAGAAGGCCACAAGCAGAUGUUUUUCGGCCAUGACAUGGACGUGUCCUCCGUCUGUUACCACCCCAAUGGCCUCGGGUUCGCCUCCUGCUCGGAGGAUCAGACGGCGCGCAUGUACGACCUGCGGGCGGACCAGCAAAUUGCGCUGUAUGAGCCGCCCCAGAAGAACACGGGCUUCACUUCGUGCGCUCUAUCGACCAGCGGGCGCUACCUCAUGUGCGGCGGCAUUGAGGGCAACGUGCACUCGUGGGACACGAUGAAGCAGCGGCACACGGGCACACUGUCUGGUCACGAGAACCGCAUCACUUGCAUCAGCCUGUGCCCCAAUGGCAUGUGCCUAGCCUCCACCAGUUGGGAUCAGCAAGUGCGUCUGUGGCUCUAAUCUGGAGUGACCUGGGUUCAAUUUCAUCGAAAACUAAAGGCAACGUUUAUGCGUGCGAUUUGUUUGCAAAUUCAAAGUGCAUAGUUCUUGUAAUUUCCUGAAAUGGUAAUGAAAAGGUAAUUUACCUUGAUUUCUGAACUAAUAGGAUAAUUGUUAAAGAAAUAAAAGUUACCAAAUUUAGCUUAA